CCUGCAAAAGCCAAAAUGCUCACGCUAGUCUUCAUUUUCAUAUCUUCCUCAACAUCAUUGCUCAACAUGGCGUUUAGUUCAGUGAGAGAAGAUGUUUUGAAAUUAUUUCAAGACGAAGAUUUGCAGAAAUUGAUUGAAAUAUUUAAUAUUUAUUCUGAGAAAUGGAUAAAUUCAAAUAAAAAUGUGUUUUUAAACACAGAACAGCUUUAUGCUGUACUUUCUUGUGGAGAAAUUGGUGUGAAUGAAGAUGCUUUGAAUUAUCUUCCUGCAUCAGUUUCUUCCAAGAAUUGUGUUGCAUUGAGGUCCGAAUCAUCUGGAAAUUGCUUGUUUAGCUCCAUAUCCUUAUGUCUGGUAGGUGAUAAUAGUUUGACGCAACAGUUAAGGCUACUUGCUUGCAUUGAACUUUUUGUCAAUUCUGAGUAUUAUAGUUCUCACCCCAAUUUAUUUGUUGACAAAUAUCCAUCUUUAAGUCCAUCAAAUAUUUUAGCAAUGUCAGUAUCUCAUGCUGCUGUUGCAGGGACUAUGGGGUUACUCAGUUGUCAUUUUAUCCUGCAUUCAUUUUUAUUCAUAUCAAACCAUUUCAUUGCAAUAUUCAUUAUCAUUUAAUUGAAAACUGUCAAGAAAUAGUAGAACAUAGUUGCAGUUGUCAAGUUAUCCUGUAUUUUUUAAAUAUAAAUAUGCCAAUGACAGCUA